AUAGUUAGCAAUUGAAUGGGAAUAGCAUUGCUCGCCUUGGAGGCGCUUUGAACCAGUGUGCCUUCCCUCUUUAAAAAACAACGAAAAAGAAACAACACACAUUCAUUUCUUUACGAAAUGAAAUUGUUCGCUCCCAACGCCUUCUCGUCCGACUUUAUCCGGCGACAAUUUCUCUUUGUUAAUGAAAUGCGUAUUACUUCCUUAUAUUCCAUCUGCGUCUCUGGGUAGGCGAAGCAGGCGAGACCGGAUGGAACUUCAGGAAGAGCACAGCUGGCAGGACAGGAAACAGGAGCGAUUCUCGUACGCUACCCUUAAGGCUCAUCUGCCAGUCUUGGGGUGGCUGCCCCGGUACAGACGGGCCUGGCUACAGAUGGACCUGAUCGCUGGGGCAACGGUGGGGUUGACCACUGUGCCCAUGGCCCUGGCUUACGCUGAAGUAGCUGGUCUACCUGUGCAGUAUGGCCUGUACUCAGCGUUCAUGGGGGGGUUUGUCUACUGCAUCUUUGGAACGGCGAAGGACCUGGCUCUUGGGCCGACCGGCAUCAUGUCCCUCCUCUGCGCCCGUCAUGUACACCAUGAUCCCGUCUACGCUGUGCUCUUGACCUUCCUCUGUGGGAUCAUCCAGGUGGCUGUGGCCCUUCUCAAACUGGGCUUCCUGCUGGAUCUCAUAUCCUCCCCUGUGAUUAAGGGCUUCACCUGCGCUGCUGCCAUCACCAUUGGCUUUGGGCAACUGAAGAACAUUCUGGGUCUUCGGGAGGUUCCUCACCAGUUCUUCCAGCAGAUCUACCACAGCCUUUGCAGGAUACCUGAAUGCAGGCUGGGAGAUGUGACCUUGGGCCUGCUCUGCCUCUGCUUGCUGGCGACGCUGAUGAGGAUGAAGAAUUCGGGAAACAGUGCAGGGGAUUUGCCCGCCCAGAGCCACGCCCGCAUCCUGCUGCGAGGCCUUGUCACAGCACGCUGUGCCCUCGUGGUGAUUGGUGCCACCGCUGUGGCAUAUGCGUGCCAGGAAUCCGGGCAUGGUAUAUUCACCAUUAUGGGUUCGACCACCCAGGGCCUCCCACCACUUCGAGCUCCGCCCUUCUCCGAGAUCACACCCGAAGGAGACGUGAUCACCUUCAGUGAGAUUGCACAGGGUCUGGGAGGAGGCCUGGUUGUCAUCCCCUUCAUGGGAUUACUGGAGAGCAUCGCAAUAGCCAAGGCCUUCUCCAGCCAGAACAACUAUCAAAUCGACACGAACCAGGAGGUCUUUGCAAUUGGCCUCACAAACAUCCUGGGAUCGUUUGUCUCUGCAUAUCCCGUCACUGGGAGCUUUGGCAGGAGUGCUGUGAACUCACAAACUGGGGUGUCCACACCACUAGGGGGCGUUGUGACAGGCCUCAUCGUGCUGCUCUCUCUGGCCUUCCUCAUGCCGCUCUUUUGCUACGUCCCUAAGGCUGCUCUAGCUGCCGUCAUCAUCUGCUCCGUGGCCCCUCUGGCUGACCUCCGAGUGGCCAAGGAGAUCUGGAAAGGUGGAGGAGUGGACCUGGUGUCGUUCCUGGUGACCUUUCUGGUGAGCUUCUGGGAGGUGCAGUAUGGCAUUGUGGGAGGUGUGGCUGUUUCCGGAGCCAUCUGUCUGUUCAGUUUAAUAAGGGCGAAGCACUCUGUGAACGACAGCAUACAUCACUCAUGACUCACCCAGGAGUAACUUGAACAAUGUAUCUGCUGGAUUAUUUCCCCUCAGUACUUCUGUCAACUUUGAGCUACCUUGAUGGUCUUUGAUCAUCUAUUCCAUGGCAAUUACAUUUCUCUUUAAAAGCUGACAUACAUAAGGUAGAGGAAGAACAUAUUGAAGUGUUCAUGUAGUGUUCAUGCAAUCUCGACCAAUCUCAUGGUUCACCAGCGACCUCUUGUGGCAGAUGCAAGAACCACGCAGCUCAUCCUGUAGGAUGAAAUUGACAGCAAAGGAACAGACUGAACUUGGGCAUGAUGUUUACACUCUUCCAAAUUGACAAAGGAAGUUGCAAUGAUGAGAUGGACCCAUGGAUGCAACCGGACAUUCCAAGUUUGGAGAGAUUAAAAAAUGUAGGUUAAAAGAAAUUGCAAGCACUCUAUAAUGUAGGCCAGUAAAAAAAACAACAACAUAGUUUAGGAGUUGUACAGUGGUGCCCACUCUCGAGUGGAUUUUAUAAUAAAUAUACAUUACAGUUUUAUAGCACCUUUUUAUCUUAUAAUGUCAAAGUGUGUUACAGUGAAGAAGGGAAGCUCCCCUCAGCCGCCAAUGUGUAUCACCCACCCAGGUGAUGCAGGGCAGCCAUUUGCACCAGGAUUCUCACUACACAUCAGCUGAGGCAGGGAGGGAGGAUUAGCCAAUUAAAUGAAGGGAUCAUCCAUCAUUGGUCACAUUGAGUAAAUGUGUCUGUGUGUGUGUGUGUGUGUGUGUGUGUGUGUGUUUCUUGAUUGGUUUGUGUGAUCCAGUGUAGUUAAAGGGGCUUGCAACUCAAGAGCUUGAACAAGGUACUUCACGUGAAUUGCUUCAUUAAAAUAUCAAGCAGUGUAGGAAAAUAUCAAUUGGAUAGUGUGUGAAAUUGAAAGUUACAUAACUGAUUUUGGAUCAAGGUAUGCAAAUUUUCGCACUUGCAUCCUUGUGAAUGGUGAGACUGAUAGACAAACACACACAUAAUUCUGUAAUGCCUCAGAAAUAAAAGUGAUUUAUGUGUGAAACAUUUCUUAGCUUUGAAGUAUGGACUGAUUUUGGGUCAAGGUAUGCAAAACAUAAUGUAGAAAAACAUACCUUUUCCCCUUAGUUUAUUAAAAUCUGUGGUUAAUGACAGUGGUGAGUUGUAAUAAACAAUAGGUCCUUGCGAAUGUAUGAAACUUGUUUAUUCAGGUAGAAUAUUCCACUCUCUUGCUUUCUGGUGGUUGGAUUUCUCAUUUCCAAAACACAGAAUGAACCUUGGCCUUUUCACACUUGUAUCUUUGUGAAUGGUGAGACCGAUAGACCCACAAUUCUGUACUGCCUCAGAAAUAAAAGUGAUUUUUGCGUGUUAA